AUGCCCUCGUCUGACCAACUCGAACGAUCGCAACGAUCGCAUUCUACAGCCGCACUAGCGACGUCCUUUUCACCUCUAUCGUCCGAGUCGGCGACUGUGGACGUGGCGCUGGCAGAGGUUGGGGCCCAGCCUGCUCAACAUCAUUCGGUCUCGGCCUCCCCGGAGGACGAGUCAUCGCUACCUUCUCUAACCGUCGCCGCAACUGGUCCACGACCACCCGGAUCGUUGGCUCAACAGGGUCGUUCCAAAUCAAUGAAGACUUUCACCCCAUCAUCACGUACACACUACUCGAGUCGUGGCUUUGAAGCGGAUCCGUUCGAGCAUGCCGGUGAACACGUCGUCACAACGACGACAAUGACGAUUGACUCGAGCGAGACGUCGAUGUAUCGAUCCCUAUCGUCCUUUUCGAGUGGGGCUUUGGCGGCUCAUGAGCAGGGGAAUUGGUUGGAAAGGUUGGGGAAGAGGGCGACGACGUUUGGGAGGUGGACGACGGAGCAUGAUCAUACGCUCGGCGAAGCGGGUUCGCGCGAGAUGGGGGCCCCACACGACGGAGAAGGCACGAGGAGGUCUCCUCUUCAACGUCGUCUUGGGAACGACGAGGACGGUGAUGACAGUCCGGACGAGGGAGAUGGUCGACAAGGAUUGCACAUCUCUACCAGUGCUGCCAACAGGUAUAGACCCUGGGGACCGACGAGGAACAAAUCUUCCCUCUCGGUCUUUCACGACCCUUUUGAAAACUGCGAGGACCAUACCCUCGAUUUCGACUACACUUCUUCUCGACCGACCAGUCCCAUCCUUUCAAAACCUCGAUCUCGUCCUUCUUCGACCCCAACCUCUCCAAGCACUCGAAUGAGUCGACUCGAACCCCUUCCUCAUCUUUCGAAAGCGAUGACUCGAGCCCAAGCCGAACACGAAGCCGAACUUCUCGGCAUCGAUCUCGAUGACCCCAACGUUCUCGCCCAUCAAGUCUUGUCAGCGCAAGAUCAACUGGGCGUCUUUUCUCUCGUCGAAUCCGUGCUCGAAUGGCCUUGGUCAUCUUCUUUCGAUCCUAAACGAGCAACGCAGCACAAGAAUCGUUCGAAGGAUUCGUCCUCGUUCGUCGAUCCUAGAACUUCCGAACCAUCGACACCGCCGACCACAAGAUCUUUACCCAUUUCGAGGGUAACGUCCCAUCAUUCACUUUCCCAUCUCUUCGACGAUCACCCCUCGCACCAACAAAACUUCCCACCCUCCUUCACCUCCACCUCAACUGCGAACGCCUUUAAAGUAGGUAAUCUCAAUUCGACCCGUAUGACACCCUUGGGGAAUUCGGACCUAUCCCACCUCGAACCCAUCGACGUACUCAACGAAGGUGCGUGGUCCGAAACGGGCGAGUUGACGGCGUAUUAUCGUGCCAAAUCGAGUGGGAACUUGGAAGGGUUGAGGUGGGAAUUGGAGGAUCCUAGAUUGGAGAGGUAUGAGGUUGGCAAACGAUUGGAGAAGAAGGUUUCUGGUGCGGGUGCCAGGUUGGGUGGACCCGUCGAUGCUGAGGCGGAGGCGGGGAAUCGGAAGGGGGGGAUGGGUGGGGAGAGUGAGGGUGAGGGUGAGCGGACUCGGACGGGAAUUAGAGAGGGGUUAGGGGUUUUGUUGGAUACGAUCGGGUUGGGGUCGUUCGUUUAG